GCUGGCGGGCAUUGCCAACUCAAAAAUGAACAACAGCUGUUGAACCAGUUCGCCACAAUAUGAGUUUUGAUGCUGAUUGCGAUGAGUUUAUUCAAAACAAACUAUUUCGCACCAGGGGGAAAUGUGCAAUUUUUGCGCGCCAAUCGGAUGUCUACGUCGCGGUGAAGCAAAAGUCCACUGUCCGAGCCACUGCACCCACUUUGGCCAUGGCGGAGAGCAACAACAACGUGAUAAGCAUGCGGCAUGACAUCUGGUUUCACAUAUCCAUGCACAUUGACCCGGAGGACGUGCAAACCUUCGCCCUGAUAUGCAAGCAAACCGCCAGACUGGUGGCUUCGCGAGCCUUCUGGCGCAAUCUCUACCGCCGACACUGCACCGGAGCCACCUCCGGCUGGAAUCUGGAUCUGCCCGCCCAGCUGCAGCUAGAGCAGAUCCACAACUGUGAUACCCGAGCCCUUAGAGCCCUCGUCAUCGAGGCUCUAUUCCACUGCCACCGCCCGCUGAAGAUUCGCCUGGAACUGGGCUACAACCUGGACUGGCUCGUGCAGCGCAUCUUUGUGUCUUGUUGGCAGACGCAGUAUCAGUGCCUCUGGAUCAUGUGCUAUAAGUUCUGCAACCGACAGCCGCAAGGGCAGCACGAAUCAGAGAUGGAUAGCAGCGAAGUGGUAAACAAUUGGGAAUCUUUGGCGGAUGAUGAUGCGGGGCAAUUAGUGCCCACCUUGGGAAAUUCCAACGAAGGGGUGGUUCUCCUUAUAGUGCUGUGCCGCCACUUUGUCCCCACUCCCAAUCAGUUGUCCUACAGCCAGCAAGAGGCGCGGUACCGCCUACGGGCCACCCGGGAACUGCUAUGCACGGACAUGCGAGCCAAGAACCUGGAGCUGGACUUCUCCGAAGAUGGGUGCCAAAACGUAUCUGUAACCGUUAAGUAUGCUCGCAUCGAAAAGUACAAAGUAUUGCCCUGGUGGCAUCCAGACUUCCAGAGAUUCGUGAAAUAAACCGCUCACCCCGACUUGAUGCAACGAUAACAGCCUA